UAUUUACAAAUUAGAUACAACUCAUUCAAUGACACUGACACACCUUAUUAAAAGAGAAACCAACCCUCUCAAAAACUAAAAGAAUGUUAGUUAGAUUUAUACGUUAAUAGAAAUAAUAUUCUGACAUUCAUAAACAAAACGGUCCAGUGACAGUGAGAGCUCGUGCUAAAAUCUCAUUUUUAGGAAGAAGUGCCCAAGGAGUAGUAAUAUAAUCAGAUCCCACCACUCGAAAAUAGAGAGUCAACCACAGAGAGAGAUAUCAACAAAUCACACACGCCAUGAACCAAACCAAAACUACCACCGACGAUAACAAAAACUCCAAACCGGCCGAAACCGAAUCAACCAUCACCGUACCGGAAUGGAUAACCGAAACAAUCAACGGUGGCUCCUUCUGCCACGUAGAUCUCGAGACCGGAACCAACGGCUGGGCUUCACCACCAGGCAACGUGUUCUCUCUCCGCUCACAUAACUACUUCACCGCCACAAAACAAAAAUCUCCCGGCGGCGAUUACCUCCUCUCUCUCGCCGCCGUAGACUGGCUCAAAUCCACCACAAAGAAACUCGAUCACAUCCUCUCUCGUCCCGAUAACCGUGUAAUCCACGCUUUCAAAACAUCCCAAUCUCGUAGCUUCAUCUUCGCCGUUAAUUUCCAGGUCCCAGGGAAAGAACACUACAACUUGGUCUUCUACUUCGCAACACAAAAACCAAUCCCUUCCGAUUCACUCCUCCACAAAUUCAUCAAUACAGACGAAGAUUCGUUUCGCAACGAGAGAUUCAAAAUCGUUAGCAAUGUUGUGAAAGGUCCUUGGGUUGUUAAAGCAGCAGCUGGGAAAUUUGGUGCAUUUGUUGCUGGGAAGGCUAUGAAGUGUACUUAUUAUAGAGGAGAUAAUUAUUUUGAGGUUGAUGUUGAUAUAAGUAGCUCGGCGAUUAUGACGGCGCUUAUUAGGUUUAUGUUGGGGUAUGUUACGUAUUUAAUGGUUGAUAUUGGUUUUGUUGUGGAAGCGCAAACGGCGGAGGAGUUGCCGGAGAGAUUGAUUGGUGGUGCUAGGAUUUGUCAUAUGGAGUUGUCCUCGUCGUUUUUGGUUGAUGAUGACGAGAAGAAGAGUUUACAGCCACGGCGGAGAAUGAUGGGUGCGGCGGAAGAUAACGACGAUGAGAUUUGAGAUUUGAGUGAAAGAAAAGCAGGCUACGUCAAAAAAAAUAAAAAUAGGUCAAGGUUUUUUUUUUUUUUUUUCAUCUAAAAUUAAUUAAAUCUCAAAAGAGUCAUUCCUGAGGAAGGUUGUUUACGUAAGUGAUAUGGUUGGACAUGAACUUUACGCGGUAAAUUAUCCGCUUUAACAUUUGCACUAUAAGAAAUUAAAGAUAAAGAAAAACUUGAAAAUUCUUCCUUGUUAUUCUGCAAUUCCUCCAAAUACACUGAGAAGGUCGGCCAUUCGGUUGGAGAAGACACCAUCUUCACCAGAUCUGAAGAGUCUGUAAGAAACACAACAUCUUGAUUGUCGGCGCCAAUCAUGCACUUCAUCGCCCAUAGAAGAGCUUCCACUUCGGCAUGUAGUGAGGAUAGCCUUCGUCUGAGGUUUGCUGCUCCCAUUGUUAGCGUCUCUUCAUUUGCUAAUGUACAGUAUCAUCAUGUCCC